AUGGCUGCGACACCCUGGACCCUAGUUCGUCUCAUAGAUGAGUGCGAGAAUGCGGAGAAGCAGAAUUCCAGCGAUGAAGUCUUCAUCUCCACUACUACGAUUGAAAUGUUGACAUCGGAAGAGUGCGUUAGCGACAUCCUAAGAGAACAAAAAUGCCCAAAUCGGGAUGCCUUGAAGAAACGGAUCUAUGAUGAAAAAUGCCCUGCAAAGAUCAUAUUUCUCAUCUUAGCUCGAACCGGCAAGCUAGAUCGCAUUGGCCAGUUCUUAUCCAAUGGCUUUUCUGAUCAUCAUCUUCCUAUAGAGCUUCUAUGGACGCGGGAAGGGUACAAAUUCAAAAGUGCGAAAGAUUCAAACUGGACUACAACUCCAUUUGGAGCUGGAAUUGACUAUAAUGAUGUCGACUAUUUCAUUCAGAAGCAAUGGCCAUUCUUGGCCCCUAUCUUCGAGGGAGAGUUCGAAUAUGUGCUGCAGCAAAGGGUCCCUUUACCGUUGGUCAAGCAAGGAAUUCCUAUUGUCUCAGGAUUUAGUUCCGUUUCCGAGAUUGAGAUGCACCCUGCGCAUGUUCCAGAGCAGGUAGAACACUCGAUGGCCAUGAAGAAAAUGGAGCUAGGGAGCGAAGAUCAAAUCAAGUAUGUCAAAAAAGAGAUGGCUAACGUAACAUCUCUUCGGUUGCUGGAUCAUGACCACCUUGUCAAAGCAAUUCUUGCCUGCAACAGAGGAAAGCAGGCCUUAUUCUUCUUCCCAUGGGCGAAGGGUGGAGACCUGUAUAACUUCUUGAAAACCAAUUCAACCGAGGGCAUGGCUGCUAUCAUAUGGAUGCUGGAUCAAAUGGUUGGACUCUGUAGCGCUCUGAGUCUGUUGGCCGAUAAAGGAUAUCGGCAUGGUGACCUCAAGCCUGCCAAUAUCCUCCUGUUCCCGGAGAAGUCUGGUAGCUACCGCCUAAAGAUAACAGACGUUGGACUCUCAAAGCUUCACAUCCUGGCAACAAGCAGGCGACUAAACGGGACGACUGCCAAGGCUACCACAAGGCGAUACAGCCCCCCUGAAUUUGACCUCCUGUUUGAUGAAGACGGGGAGCCAGUAGAAGACUCUGAUGUCAUCAAGCUAUCACGCAAGUUUGAUAUUUGGUCUCUUGGCUGCGUCUUCAUCGAGUUUCUCAUCUGGGCCAAAAUGGGACAGCAAGAGUACAAGGAAUUCGACCGGUCUAUGAAAAGUCACCGACGUUUCUGGAACUCUGCACAGGAAGACCUUGACACGAGGGUCAAAGAUCGAAUACAAAACCUAAAUGGUUCUAUCAAAGAUACACCGUGUGAUAAGGCCGUCCAGCGAGUUCUGACCUUGGUUCUGGAUCAAAUGCUUCUUGUCAACAGCGAUGAUCGUAGGAGUGCUUCGAAUAUUCACAAGGAACUGAAAAGCAUAAGGGAUAGUUACGGUGAGUAUCUCCAGCCGAGUAACGUGGUUGAUUUGCCGCUAGGCCUGACUGCCGAGCAGGCCGCCGAGUCCGAUCAUCGUCAAAACGGUCAGGGUCCGUUAAACGGAAGCAACGCCACGAGUCGAAGCGCUCCUGAGCAAUCUGGUACCCAAACCAAUGGUUUAAAUACUACAGCUGUCCCUUCGGGUAAUACCGCUGCUAUGAUUCAAAGUGCCAAGCUCCUUAAUCAAUGGACAGUCAGCCCAGACAAUGAGUUUGCACAGAAAUUCUUCUCUGAGACUACCAGGCCCAGCCCAGAAGAAAGGGGCCAACUGUGCGAAUCAUGUUCGAAACUUCAAAUCUGGGAGCCCAAUGCUACGAUAUCUGGUAGAGUGAGGGACUUCGGAACUUAUACGUCAGCAUGUAAUUUGUGUAAUCUUCUCUACGCCGUCUCGCAAAAGAUUGGCCUUCAAGAGGAUCAGAAAUUACAAUGCGCUCGGAACGGCCCUACCCUCAACUUAAAUGGGCGUGACGGUCUGCCAAUCCUGUCACUGUUCUCGGAUCCUGAAAGCCGUGAACGGUAUCGUCUCUUUCAAGAGUGGCUCCAAAUAUGUGAUAAUGAUCACGGCCAUGCACGGGACGCAUCCUCCGGCGGCUGUGCUGUCCAGAUGCCCACUAGGCUAAUUCACGUGGGCGAGUCGAGUGAGCACUUGAUUGAUAUUAAAGAAUCUGGCUUUCUACGUUAUCUUGCUCUUAGCCACUGCUGGGGGGGCAGCACGAGUCUGUCUACCUUGACUGACAACAUCGACAAAUUCCGCAAUGAGAUACCGCACGAGCAACUGCCUCUUAAUUUCCAGGAAGCCAUCAAAGUCACGAGAGCACUUAAGAUACCAUACCUGUGGAUAGACUCACUGUGCAUCAUCCAGGAUGACCCGGAAGACUGGCGACGAGAAGCUGCCCGAAUGGGUCAGGUUUUCAACAACGCCUACUGCACAAUCGCAGCGACAUCAGCUGCGACAUCAAACGAGGGCUUUCUUACUCCAAAGUUCAACUCAGCGCUUUUUGCUAAUAUAGAAACUCCUGGUGGUGGUCAGCUUUACAUUUCGGAGUUUAUGGAAGAUUGUAACGAAGAUUUAGAGUCAGCUCCCUUGAAUACUCGCGGUUGGGUGAUGCAGGAGCGAGCUUUGUCAAGGAGAACACUGCACUUCACCAAGACGCAAGUUUACUGGGAAUGCGGAAAUGGAAUUCAUUGUGAGAGGCUCUUCAAAUUGUCAAAUCCUCAAUCAGCUCUAUUCGCAGACUCGGAUUUCCCCAAGGCCAUACUCAAGUACUACAAAGGUGGGCGAAUCACUCUGUUUCAAAAUCUUUACGAGAGAUAUUCCAGGCUCAGUUUUAGCUACAUCUCAGACCGGCCAGUGGCCAUUCUGGGUUUGCAGCAGCACCUUUCAAGUGUCCUCCAGACUCGCGGCGAGUUUGGCGUCUUUGAGCAGUACCUGGCGAGAAGUCUUCUCUGGUCCCGACAUAAGGAUAUCUUUCUGAAAAGUAUCAUGUUCCAAGAUGAUCGUCGGGUUCCUUCUUGGUCAUGGAUGGCGUACGAGGGCCCGAUCACAUAUGCGAACAUACCUUUUGAUAAGGUCGAAUGGAGUACAGACUGCUUGCUGUCUGGUGAGGAAACCGGUACAGACGGCAACAGGGCAGUGUUGAAAGCAGUUGCUAGAGAUAUCAAAUUGGGUAAGCUGGAUAUGCAAGAUAGAGUCAAACUUGAUGAAGGAGCAUCUAGGCUCGAACCAUCCAGCUUGCGGGGGAUUGUCCUUGGUAAAGACAAGAAGCGAGAAUCGCGAGCUCAGGUACACUACGUUCUCCUCGUUGCCUUAUCCGAAGACGAAUCAGAGCAGGCAAAGGUUUAUGUUCGAGUCGGAGUGGCCUGGCUUCUUGAACAUAACAUCGCAAGGGUCGGAGAGGAUGUUGUGAUUUACUAG